AUGUUAUCAGAAGACGAAGUUGCUAUUUAUGAUCGUCAAAUUAGGCUCUGGGGCCUAAGCCCAAUACAUUUCGAAUUGAUUAAAAAUAUCGUUUUAGCAGGAAUUAAAGUUUCAAUUUGGGACAAUGUUAUUACCCGUAGCUGUGAUCUAACAUAUAAUUUUUUAUUAGAAGAAGAAGAUAUUGGUAAAGAAAGAAUAGCAUGUAUAGAUAAAUUCAAGGAAAUGAACCCCUUGACAAAGAUUUAUACUGCAAAUCAAAAUGAAACCGACGUCGAAUUGCUAUGCGAAGAAUGCUUAAGUAAGGUGAAUUAUAAUGGAAUAUUGGUUUCUUUAGAUGAAGAAGUAAAUAUACUUAAGGCAAAGAAUAUUAGCAAAAAGUAUCGGUCAAAGAAUACUUUUGUUUCGUUUUCAGUUUCAAUUGGUACUAGAAUUUUCCUUUUUUUUAACAACAAAUCCAUAUCUUUUGACGAAAUUUUGGAAUCUAAUUUUAGUGAUUUAAAGCAAAGGCUAAAUUCAAUAAAGAAUUUACACCCAUACAUACUAAUUAUUCUAUUCAUACUGAGAGAAAGAUAUAGAAAAGCAAUGAUGUAUAAAAUUGAAAAUUCUGAAUUGGACGAAAUAUUUAAGGAAAUAAAAACCACUCCCAGUAUUGAUAGUGAGAAAGCUCUAGAAAUCCACAAAACAUUUAAUGACACAUGGGGGAAAACGAUUUCUCCAAUCGCCUCAAUAGGUGGUGGGCUACUUUGUCAGGAAGUCACAAAGUUUUGUAUACAUGGUUUUGAGGAGUACUUUUGUUGUAUUUUUGACAUGGAGUUAUGUGAGGCAGUCACUGCUACAGUCAAAGUGUGA